AUGAAUUACUCUAUUUUUGAAGGUGAUGAUUUCAUAAUAACUGAAUCUUUCUCGAGUAACGAUGAUGAUGAUGAUGAUGAAAAUGAGGAAAAGCAAGAAAAGCAAGAAAAGCUAGAAAAAAAAAAAAGAAAAAUAAUUAAUGAUAAAAACAAUUUGACAGCUAAAAUAAAUAAGGAUAUUUUUAAAGCGCAGGAUAAUAAUAAUAAUAAGCUGCAGAAGAAAUUUCCCAAUAAUGAUGACGUGAAUGAUGCAACAUCUACUAGAGAAGACGAAUCAUAUGAAAUUAAAAAUAAUGGUCAUUUACAUAAAGAAGUAAAUAGUAAUAAUGAAACGGAGGAUUAUUUCAAUUUUGAAAACUAUUUACACAGCGCCAAUGAUAUAUAUGAGAUAGGGGGGGAAAAAGAAGGGAACAAUAAGAAAGUAAGGAAAAAGGUAGGAAAAGGCUCUAAUAAAGUAUGGUAUGAUUCAGAUGACGAUGUAGAAGAUGGCUGGGUAGACCAAGUAGAGAACGAAAUGAAAGAGAUUCAACUUGAAGGUGAAGAAGUAUGCGAAGAAACAGACGAAGAAGACGAAAAAGACGAAGAAGACGAAAAAGACGAAGAAGACCGAAGUGACAACUUUGUUGAAGAAAAUGAACUUGAAGAAAAUAAUUUAAUUAAGAAUGAAGAGAAAGAAAAUAUUUUUGAAGAAUAUAUUGAAAAUGUACAAGUAGAAGAUUUUGAAAAAGAUGAAAACGAUACAUCCUCUAAACUUAUAACGGAUGAUAUUUACGUCUUCGAUGAUAAAGCAGUUGAUUCACAUAUACGUUAUAAGAGAAGAAGAAAUAAAGUAAAUGAAAAGAAUAUAUUUCUAAAAUACCAUUUACAAAAUUUUACUUUUUCCCAUGUAGAUGAAAAAAAAAUAAAACAGAUAGUUUCUGUACCAAAGAAAAACUUGAUACUACCUGUGUAUAAUUAUAAUUUAUAUAUACUCCAAUAUAAAGAUAAACAGUUAAAUAUUUCAAAAAAAAUAUCAUUAAAUAGACCAAUUAAAUAUGCUGAAGAAUAUAAUGGAAAUGUAUACAUGUUAUCUCGCGAUAACUUCUCUCGAAAUUACAACUUAGAAAAGGGAAUUGUGUAUAAAAACCGGAUCCACGAUAUGCCAAGGACAUCAAAACCAAAGGAAAUAAAAUUUUUUGAUAAUAACAACAGUGACAAUAACAAAGAGGAUUUAAACACACAUAUAUUUUCCUUAUCAUUUAGUGGGUGUGGUAAGAUAAAUGUGUACGAUUCAAGAUGUUAUGAAACUAUUAAAACAUUUGAAAUGGAUAGUAAAUAUAUAGGUAUGAAUUUCCACAAAAGAACGAAUAGUUUAUUUGCUAUAGAUAAUAAGGGUUAUUUAUAUAAUUGGUGUUUAAAUACAAAUAAAUUAGUUAAUAAAUUGGUUGACAAUUAUUCCAUAUUUCCAUCUUUUUUAAAUGUAUAUAAUGAUUAUUUAGUAACAUGUUCAUAUAACGGCUUUCUUAAUUUAUUUAAUAUUAAUAAUUUGAAUGAACCUAUUAAAAGUUUCAAAAAUUUGACGCUCCGAAUUGAUAAUGCAAUAUUUAAUCCUUCCCAUAACUGUUUAUUAUAUUAUACAAGUCUUUUAAAAAAUGGAAUUAAGAUAAUAGAUUUAAAAACAAAUUAUAUAUAUUGUAACGUACCUUGGUUUUACUCAAAUAAAAAAUGUAAUGUAUAUGCUGCUAAUUUUUUCAACAAUGGAAAUAGCCUAUGUUUUGCUGUUAAGCCAACAUCUUUUUAUGUGUAUGAUAUUUUGAGCAGCGAUUAA